ACGUCCACCGAGAAGCGACAGCGACUUUGUCAUCUUCAAUUCAUUUCACAGAGGCAAUUUCGCAAGAAAUCUAAAUAGGUAAACAAAGCAAACCAAAGCUUCACUUCAAUUCCAUCUCUACAAGUAUAAAUUCGAUCAACUACUAAUCGUCCACAAAUUUGCGAACACUUUAUAUUUUUACAUGGUAUAAACACAUCAGAUGAAUACAUCGCAGUACAUGGAUAAACAGAUCAUGGAUCUAUCCAAUUCACAGAACAACAAUAAUGACUUCAUCGAUCUCAUUAAUCCUCAAGUGGACCAUCACAUUAGCGGCGAUCCAAAGAAAGAAGAUAUUGUUGCCAGUUACGAAUUUCAUCCAAUUCGCCCAAUUGGAUCGUCAUCGCCUAAGUCUAAUGUUGAUUCUAGUAAUGUUGGGGCUGCAGCUAGGGCUUGGAAUUCUGCUGAUUCUAAAAACAAUACUGAGAGUAGCAUCAGAAAUUAUGGUUCUCUUGACUCGACUGAAGCUGCCAAAGUUAUUGUGGAGAAAGAUUUGAGCAGUGUUCAUUCAUCUUUGUUAUCGGAAAUUGAUCACACAGUUAAGAAGUAUGCCGAUAAUCUUCUGCAUGCAAUGGAGGGAAUAAGUGCCCGGCUAUCACAAUUAGAAACUAGAAGUCGCCAGAUUGAUAACUCUGUUGAUGAACUUAAGUUGUCUGUUGGUAACAACCAUGGAGUCACUGAUGGAAAACUGAGACAGUUGGAAAAUAUACUCAGACAGGUGCAAGAUGGUGUUCAGGUGAUAAGAGAUAAACAGGAAAUAAUGGAUGCUCAGCUGCAGCUCAUGAAAUCGCAAGCUCCAAAGGUUGAGCAGGAAGCAGAAACCCACAAUACUACACAUAAGGAUUCACCCCAACCUACAGCAUCUGCUCCUCUUCAAUCCCACCAGCAAUUUCCUCCUGUUGCUCUUACACAACCACCUUCUACCGUACCUCCUCCAAAUGCUCCUCCGCCCCCUCCUCAACAGAAUCCGCCAUACCAAGUUCAACUUCAGAACCAGUUUCCUCAGAAUCCAAUUCCCUCCCAUCCUCAGUCAGAAGCUUAUUAUCCCCCAGCUGGUCAAGCACCGGAAAACUUAAGUCAGCAGUACCAACUGCCUGCACCACAGCAGCAUCAGACUCCUCCACCACCUCCACAUCAACAAUAUCAGUCUGCCCCUCCACCAAUGUACUCUCAGCCACCUCCACCUGCUCAACCACAACCCCCUCAUUCCUCUGUUAAUCCCACGCAACCUCAACCUCUAGUAGGCCAUCAUCGUGAAGAGACACCUUUUGUACCAUCCCAGAAUUAUCCACCACCAAGCAUCCGCCAACCUCCUCAUCCAUCAAGUGGAGCCCCUCCAUCCCAGCAGUUAUAUGCAGCUCCCCCUAAUAUGUUUGAGCCCCCACCUACCAGACCUGGUCCUGGAUAUUCUGGUGUAUAUCCACCAUCCUCUGUGCAUGGUGAACCUUAUCCUUAUAGCAGUUCCCCAGGUCAGUAUGGCAGUGGCUCCUCAAUGAAACCACCACAAGUUAACUUACCUGCAAUGGGCCAGAGUGGUGGAAGUGGCUAUCAGCAGCUCCCCACUGCAAGGAUAUUACCUCAAGCACUACCUACUGCUUCUGCUGUUAGUAGUGGGUCUAGUUCUCCCGGUACUGGUAAUAGGGUUCCUAUUGAUGAUGUUGUUGACAAAGUGACGAACAUGGGAUUUUCAAGAGACCAAGUAAGGGCAACAGUGCGGAGGUUGACUGAGAGUGGACAGGCAGUGGAUCUGAAUACGGUGUUGGACAAGUUGAUGAAUGAUGGAGACGUUCAGCCACCACGGGGCUGGUUUGGUCGGUAGCAUGUAUCCUCUUGUUCAAGUUCCUGUAUAGAAAUCUGAGUUCAAUGUUUAAAUUUGCAAAAAUUACUUUGCUUGGAUUUUAAGCGGCAUUCUUUACUGGUUUAGCCUUCUGCUUCUGACUGCUGAAACUUCGUUCUUGUGCUCGCCAGACAGAGAUUUGUUAAUGUGACAUUUCCUUUUCCGUUUCUUUUGCUUUUUCCUUUCUUUUUUCUUGUACAGGACCACAAAUUACUUUCAUUUCCUUGCGCUCAACUGUUUUCA